AUGAGUGUGAUCACGGAUGCUGUUAGAGCGAAUCUGGAGGCGCUAGAUGUGUACUCAAGCUCUGCAUUGCGUGAAAUAAACGAAUUGAAACUGGUGAAUGAUACCGAAAUACGCGGUAGCGUGGGGUCUGAUGUCCUGGGGUCAAUUGACCAGAUCCAAGCUGUUUUUGCAGAAUGCUACAUGAUACUUGAACCUUUGAGAAAGACCUCAAAUGGGCAUUAUGGCCAAAAAGAAAAAAGAGCAUCAUAUGCCUCUGGGGUUGAAGAUGUUGAGGAUGUGAUAAAGUCUGUGACAGGGAAAAAGCUGGGACAGCUCUUGGCGCCCUUUGCUCAAGGGCCCAUCUUGGCAUCGAGCGCAAUAAGCUCUCAGAAUUACUCUGAGGAAAUCAAGAAAGAACUCAGAACAAUGUCAAAACUGGAGGGAUUAUCCCUCUUGUAUUCGCUCUUGUCGCUGUAUCUUUACACUGGUCAAUUGCUACUGAAAAACACCAUCCCACUAUCUGACGAGCUAGCAUAUUGGGAAAGCGUGCUUAAUUCCAGAUUAUACAUGUUGUUAUACGUUGUUCAAACAUUACCGGUGAGAGGAUAUGAGUUCAGCAAAGCAUUGUACAAUGAUGUGGUGGUUAAGAACAUCGAAACUGGAACCAGGGCCACAUUGCCUACUCCUCCUGAAUGGGUGCCCGAAAAACUCAGACCAUUUUACUCACAUGCCUAUAAAUGGCUCAGAUUUACACUUCAGUCCAUAUAUUCGAGCUCGAGAUCGAUAAUGUCGACCCGUGUGUUCUUCAAUAACCUGAAAUCCCGGCCCAUUGUCUCAACGAUAGGGAUCUCGCCGAGAAAAGCUAGCAUUUUCACCAACAAUGUUUUUGUCACGAUACUGGGAGCCCCAGUCAUUGCUGCUAAACGUGAAGCCAUUCACAGAAGAGAAAACAUAUUGAAUUUGAAAUCCGCAAACGCUGAGAAGCUAGGUGUCUUGUUGAGCGAGCUGCUUACCAUAAGGCCAGCUGAUGAGGAUGAUGAUUCUGACCCGUAUGAGUUCUUAGAGAAAACAGGGGUAUUAACAAAAGCGUUCGAGGCCAUCUCAAAGUUUGAGCUGUUAUUUCAAGGAGAAACGUCUGCAGUUGGCAUGUAUUCAGGGACCGGCUCUGAUUCAAUCCAGAGUUCGCUGGUGAAGCUUCAAAAUCUGUUCAGCAAACUUUUGCCCUCACAGCAAAAGCAAAUAAGGGCUACUAGGUCCAAAAAUAGUCGACCCAGAGCUAUCAUCAGAUAUUGGGUAUCAACGGCACUUAUUGUUCUAUAUGCCCCGGCACUAAUCAAAAAUGUCGUAUCUGAAUGGGAUGAGCUUGUUUUGUUCUUCAAGCACAACGUUGUCGGAACGCUGGUUGGGUUUUGGAACAACUGGAUCAUCUCACCUUUGAACAAUAUCUUUGCUACUGUGAGACAUGAUGAUAACUCCAGAAUUGCAAUCAUGUCUAAGCAAUCUCUUGAGUCAGACCUGAGCUCUUUGGAAAGAAUGGUCACAGACUACUCUCUAGCCAACAUCUCGCUGGCGGGUCAAGAACUUGACCCCAGACUCGCCUUGGCCACAGUCCAAGAAAAUGUGAAAAACGGAGAUAUAACCAUAGUGAUGAGGAAAUAUGAACAGGAUCUGAAAAGCCCAGUCAAGAGUAUCAUAAUGGGAGACAUGCUGACCAAUUUGCUGAUUCAGAUACAAAAGGCUAAAGUGGACGGAACAGUAGCUAUAAGUGGUAUUGACAAGAUUUUGAAGUCACAAGAGUUGGUAUUUGGAGUGGUGGCGGCAUCUCCUAGUUUGCUAGUUGUAUACUGGGUUUUGAGAUCGGUGGAGUCAUACAUUCGCACAGGUUACGUGUACAGAUUCUCCAGAGACAGAAAGCUUUUGGUCCUGCAGUCUUUGAAUAACAUUGAAAGACUACUUAACUUGGCCCUCCAUGAUGAUGCGAUUAACUUCGAGAAUUCAGGAAUGCUGCUGUUGGAACUAAUCACACUGAGAGAGAACGGACAAGUCUUGGUGCCCAAGGACAGAAGAUGGGAGUUUGUUCGUGAUGUGAAUGACCUGACCAGCAAAGAUUUUACCACCAAUGUAAAGCUGGUGACGAUUACAAGAAUGUGGAAUAACUAUGGCUCUUAUUUUAGAGAUUGA